ACAAGGAGCCAGCAUUAAUGAGUGCCCUGGCAGGAAGCAGAACUUAUAGAGAAGCUAACAAGUUCUGAGAAAGACGGAGAUAAACACAGGCAGCAAACCACUAUCUUUGAGCCUGUUGUCCUUUAAGAUAUGUCGAGAUCCAGACUUCUAAGUGUCACUUCGGUGGUCUCAAAAACAGGAAUCUUGUGUUUGCCACUAUUCCAGUUGGUGCUAUUGGACUCACCAUGUGAAGAAAACAAAAUGCUUAAUUCUUCUCAGAAUUCUAUUCGGGAGAUGGGAAGAAGGUGCACAAACUAUAAAGAUCAGUACACAAGUGGCUGGUAUAUCUGGUUCUUGCUGCUGAUUUUCCUGGUGGCUCUUCUCUGUGGAGCAGUGCUCUUCUGCCUCCAGUGGUGGCUGAGGAAACUCCAAAAUGGUCCCCGAAGACGCACCAUGGCUGUUUUUGCUGUUGGAGACUUGGACCCUGUUUAUGGGACAGAAGCAGCUGUGAAUCCAACUGUUGGAAUGCACCUUCAAACUCAAAAUCCUGAACUGUAUCAUGUUCCAUGUUUUGGUGCUUUAGGCCCCCCACCUCCAUAUGAAAAAAUUCUAAAAUCAAGCCGAUUUUAGAUCUGGAUGAUUAAUUGAAACUAUUAGAAAUAUUUUUAAUUCCAAAACAUAAAAUUUAAGAACAGUUCUUUCAUUUAGUGGGAAUUCCUAAAGAUCAAUUAAUGUAGUCUAAAAAAGGACAAAUAGACAAAAGCAUGAAUGUAGGAAAAGAAUUUGGGGCAUGGAGAUGUUUCCGUAGUAAAUUAGUGGACUCUUGGUAUGUCACUGCUGCUUUAUACUUUUAUGCUCCUAAUCAAGUUUCUCCAUGUACUCAAAUAGGCAGUACUUAACUCAAGGAGUGGCUUCCAUUAAGUUUAGGAUUCCGCUGUCGUACACAUCACAAAUUUUUCUGCCUCAAUCUCUAUUUUAAUUUGACCUCUUCCCUAGUACGGAGUGAAUAAAAUUAUCAUAAUUUAACAGUGACCCAAAUAGAGAUGCAUACAUGUCCAGACCCAGAACCAGAAAGAGAAUAUUUGAAUUAGGGUGAGGGGAGAGAGUAGGAAGAAGGACCAUUUGGAGUUGAAGGGUGAAGGAUGAAUGAAGAGGAAGAUUAAAAGUUCAAGGAGUUGUAUGUCACAGUCUGAGAAGGGAGAAAGUGUUGAUUGAAGCUGAAGGAGACCACUUAAGCUGUGAGGCACAUGUAAUCCCACAGUGUGGAGAAGCAGAGGCUCCCAUUUUAUAUGAGUGAGUGCAGACUCCAGAGCCCAAGACCGGUGCCUCAAGACUUGACAUUUCUUAGCAAACCAUGGUAAGAACCCUUGGCAUAGAUAUCAGUAUUCCCAUUGAGGACUCUACCUACAGAAGUAGCAGUGAGAUAUCAUCAAGUGACAUUUUUGCAGUGGCCAUGAGCAAGGGGUCCAGAAAAGACAUCCAUGGCAGACGCCAUAUGGUCUUUGUUGAACGGAACGGUUGACAUCUUCACUUGUUAGUCUAAUAUACCUUUCAAAUUUAACUUUGACCAAGCUUAUCUCCUAAUUUCUUCCCAAACAUGUUUAUCCAAACCUUCCCUAUCUCAAUUGAUGGUAAUAGCAACCUUCCAGGUGCUCAGACCAAAUAACUUGAGCCUUGAAUUUUCCGUUUAUGUGACUUCCUACAUCAGGAAAUGCCUUAGCUUGGCUCUACCUUCAGAACAGUUCUAGAUUCUAAACAUUUCUUACUCCAUCUCUGGUGUGAGCCAUGUACUGUCAGUUCUUCCCUGGAUUACUGUAAUAGCAUCUAAAUGGGUCUGUUUGCUCCCAGCUUUGCCCUCCUAUAUUCUGUUUCCAACACAGUAACUAGAGUAGCAUUUCUUAUAGCAUAAGGAGGAUCAUGUUCCUUAACUAAACUCCAAUGACAACACAUCUCACUCAGAAAAUGACAAAAGUCCUCGACACAUGGCCCUAGAGGAUCCAUAUGCCUCUCAGUUCUCCUUUCUAGUGACUCUCGCCCUUACUCAUUUGCUCCAGGAACCCUGCCCUCAAACCUGCCAGGCUGUACCUGACCCCCAUCUGACCUUUCCUGCCUUAGCGCUUUCUGUUCCUUUUGCCUGCAAAACUCUUCUCCCGGAUAUCAACAUUGCUUCACGCCUUCACCUCCUGUAAAUCUUUGUUUGAAAGUCACUUUUUCAGUGAGGUCUGCCCUGAUUACCCUACUUUAAAUUGCAAUUUCUCCCAACCCUAGCACUUUCACCUCCUUGUCUCAGGUACACUACUCCUUUUCCCAUAACAUCUAUUGUCUUCUACUUAUCAUCUUCUACUAUACUGCAUAGUAAAAUUCUGUUUAUAAUCUGCUGUCGGCCUUCCCUUGCUAGAACAUAAAUCCAUGAAGGGAGGGAUCUUUGUGUCAUACACUAAUUUAUAUCCCAAGCCUCUAAAGCAGCCUGGCACUUAGUAUGUAUUCAAACAAUUUUAUAAGGAAAGCUCACUAGUUCUCGAAAUUUCCAAAAAUAACUGGACAGGAAUUUGACGGGAAUGAAGCCUUACAAAAGUGACUGUGGCUAAGAGCCAGGGACAGCUGACAGUGCUGUAUAACUUUAAGUUAUACAUGGUAGAUUGAACAUAUCCAUUCUCUUCUUAAACCCAUGAAGAUUAUAGUAAAGGAGUAAAAGGGCUUUUGAAUUCACAAGAACAAAGAGAGUGGCAAGAAGAUGAUGAAGAAAAUUAGCAACAAGUUUUAGUACAUGGAAAGAUGUCUAAGAUAGAUAAAGAUAGAUAAAUCAUAACUGACUGGGGUUUCAAGUUUCUCCGCUAUGCUAAAGGACUUAUGGAAAGAAACAGAAUAAUCAAGCAAAUUCCUGCUGUACCAAUGCAGAAAUGCCCAAGAGUUAGAGGCAAGAGAGGUGAAGAGAAUUUUGGGAAUGAUGAUGAACUUCAUCUACAGGAAGAUAGCAUUGAAGCAGCCUAGAGAAGAGCCAGUUCCAGUCAGAACAUGACAGUGAAUAGCUAUAGGAGAAUAAGAGGUAAGAUUAAGGAAAAAUCUGUAAUGAAAAUGUGGUGAUAAACUAACGAUUGGUAAAUAGAAAGUGAAGAAACUGAAAAAACAAGGUGAUUAUAAAUCUAUGAAAAACAAAAGUUGGAUUAACGGCCCAAAUGGUUAAGUUGUGAAUAAUGUAAAUAAUUGAUGUUGAAUUAUAAAAUGAGGGUUAUUCAUAUUGACAGUGUAGGCAGAGGAGGAAAGUUUGGAUGAGGGGAGGUGGGUUAGGGUUAGAAAGUAUAUCCUAAUCUCAGAUUGUGUGGAAUCAAUGAAUAAUAUCUAAAUUUUUUUAAAAAUCAAGAAAUAGUAGUAAAGUACAUCAUGUGGAAAUAUCAUAAAUAUCUGAAACAAAAUGCCAAAGAGUUGAAAAUUAUUUCCUCAAGAAGUAAUAUUUGGAGAUAAUGCUGUGUGGGAACAGGUAGAGCAGAGAUGUGUUGAUUUUCAUCAUGAGCCUAUAGUACUAUUUGACUUU